AUGGACAUGGACGUGCACACAUCUCGAGAUGUUGUGCUGGUACUUCGCUGGUUACUUCCGUUCGUACGACGAUGGACACUUCCACGGAUCGGUUGCGGAGGCAACAGAUUCCCAGCGUCUGCGGAAUUUUGGCGUCUCUGUCGGAAACUUGCACGAUUCGACGACUCUGUGGAUCGUUACUAUCCACUGAUGAAUUGGUCCACGAUGGAAACUGCUGUUGCGACUGUGUCGAUUGUUGCUGCUGUGCAAGCUGAUUUUGAUGAUUCUGCUGAUGAUGUGGAUGAUUUCGAGAACUUGCAAAUGCUCUGCGACGAGCGAAACGACUCUCGUCAGUUCCUCUACUUGUAG